AUGCCUCCUAAGAAUCGUUUUCCAAAAGAUCUUUCCACUGAUACCAAAGGCAUGGGUGUGAUUAAGUUUAACAUUGAACGACUUCAAGGUCUAACCGACGCCACUGGAGGGAUUCCUAGCGUCAAUCAGAUCAAAGGUCAUCCUUUAACAAUUCAACCUGAAUUGAACAAUGCCAGCGAAUGUGAACUCAAGAUUGUAGAUUAUCCAGAAGAUGUAAAACAAUCAAGAAGCGUCAACUCACUAGUCGGAGUGUUCUGGGAUUCCAUCACGUUUUCACCUGAGAAAUCUAAAAACUUUCACUAG